UCUUCCAGGAGCACAAGAAGAAGAAGAAGAAAUGGGGGUGGGGUGAAUGACCAGCCAUGACUGAAUGGCGGAGCAGACGCGAUGGGCAAAUUCUACUCCUUUGUCUUAUGGUGUUAUAUUUUCAUGCACCAGAACUGUGCAAGGCACAGUGAUUCGACUGGUCGACCUGCUCUCGGAAGGCUGCGCUUGCUACGGCACAGACAAUGGCCGGAACGUGCCCGAUGCUGAGUGUGGGGCUUGUCGAAAAAGACACAAAUGGCGAUGCAUUGUGGGUGUGGUGCUACCCUACAAUUACAGCAGAACUUCGAGAGCUGCUUUUAAGGAAAUGCUCCCUUACUGGUGAAAAUGACGUUAUUCAUACCUUUGUCUUUGGCCAGUUCCGAAGAACCUGGUAUUACAUCACAACCACACAAGUCCAGGAUCCCACUGCAUUAUCAAAGGUGACCCAUUUCUCAUUGGUGUUAACUGCCAAAGACUUUAACCCAGAGAAAUAUGCAGCAUUUGGAAGAGUGCUAUGUAGGACAUACAUGAAAUAUGGUAAUCCUGCCAGAAUAAUGGAAGGCUACAUUUCUGUUGUUACAAAUGGCAUUUGUCAAAGUGAAGAGAAUGGGUCAUUUUUUACAAAGGACUAUGAUGCUAAAAAGGCAUAUCUUGCUGGAUCUGUCAAAGAUAUAGUGAGUCAGUUUGGAAUGGAAACUAUAAUUCUCUACACGGGACUCAUGCUGAAGAAGAGGGUUGUGGUCUAUCACCCUCACAUCGAAGCUUUGCAGGAAUUUACCAGGACUUUGCCCACAUUCAUUUGGCACAGGCAGGAUUGGUCCAUACUCCAUCCUUACAUGCACUUAAAUCAUGAUGAGCUAGAGGCAUUAAAAGCUUGCACUGGUUAUGUGGCUGGUUUCACAGACUUAAAGGUGAUUGACCGGCCAGACAUCUAUGAUGUGUUUGUGAAUCUGGUGGAAAGUGAAAUCAUCAUCGCACCCCAUGCUAAAGAAACAAUGGCAAUGGGUAAACUGCACAAGGAUAUAGGUCAACUUAUUGUCCAGUCAGCUGGUGACCCAGACAAAUCAGAUGGUCGAGUGAUUAAGGACAUUUCACAGAAAACAAAGGAGAUAUUGACCAUUUUAGCAUCUCUUAGACCAGAUGAGGACGGAAAAUCCAAGAUAACUCUGGAAAUCCUGAAGGAGCGGCAUUUCCCACCACCAACUGAGAGCUUCUUGUAUCACUUGGCAGCUGCUGAGCAGAUGUUGCAGAUCUGACUUGUUUUUUCCAUUGGGCCAGCUUUCAUAUUGUGGACCAAGAGGUACUAGCCAAGCUGACAGCUAAAUAGGUGACUGAAACUGAACCUGCACUAGUCAUUUCACUUCUGGCUUCUACGUACUAUAAGAUGAAUUCUUGUAUAGCCAUUGCUUUCCAAUGAAAAUAUUUCUGUUAAAAAUCUGGGCACUUUCCACUUUGAGAAGUAAGAGAUAUUUCUUCUGAAGCCUACAAAGAUUAUAAGAAAUUAAAAGCUUACCAUCAUAUCAGCACUCUCUUGCACCCCCAACACCAUCAUGAGCAUGAUCUCCACUCACCAAACUAACUGGAAUCCACAUCCUCCCAACGCUGUCUCAACUUUCCCUGAGAACUAAUCACACAGAAGAAAUAUCUUUAAUUAGUGGAAAGCCUUUCUGAUGUGCACCAUACUUUGGGUCUUGUGCAGAGUAGAAUAUGUGGACUCCAGCAGUUCCAUGACAUUUUUUCCCUUAGUUUCUUCAAGGGUUUGGUGCCUAUGCUGGAUACCUUGACCAGUACUAGUACAUUUUUCAUUGUGUUUAUUUCACCUUUGUCAUUGGUAACAUCAAUAUCCUUUUACUAAUUUGUUUAUACUCUUCAUGUUAAUUGGCAAUUACCAUUUUUUUCCCUUAUGACUCUAUGACCAAGUCAAUCUAUGAUUUGUGAUUUGUGCCAUAUUACAGUGAAGAGGAUUAAUCUUUUUAAUGAUGCAUCUGUUUAUAUGUCACAUUGCUGGAAAAUAAAUUGUGAGAGGUACAUGAAAAUAACCCGUCUCCCAGGAUCAGGAAGGAUAAGAACAUUUUCCUCAGUUAAAUAAUGCAAUUGUAAUGAAAUCUGAGAUUAAUAAAUUAUUAUCUGCUCCUUGGAAUAAAACAGGUAAAGAUUACACGCACAACUAAGCAUCACAGAAUAUAGUCCUCUGAUACAUGACCCGAGUUCUGCUCCAUGCUCAAGUUAUUCAUAUAGUUUUUGUGAUUCAUCCGACACAAACCCCCAUCUCUUCUUCAGUGACAAGGGCUUGUAACUGUAUGGAGAGGAUCAAGCUAAUGUAUGUGUGCUGUGUAACUGUAUAGAAAAUGAACUGUGACAUUAUCACUGUCAGAAAGAUUAAGUGACUGUAGAUUGCAGUUGUUCCAGUUAAAGUUUAUUAUCACCUGACUGUACAUAUACACAGUAUAUGUACAGUCAGGUGAUAAUAACCACACAACCAAACAAAUAAUUCCUCUGGACGAAUGUAUAUCACACAUAGCACAUAAAACAAAAUAUUACCACAGCUGUUAAUAAAAUAUGAUUCAAAAUGCAUGUAGUGUGCAGCACAGGCAAACAGUAAACAGCUCACUGUCCUAUUGAUGAGACCUCAGUGCUGGCAGGGUAUUCAUUAGUCUCACAUCCUGGGGGAAGAAGCUGUUAACCCAUUUGGCAGUCCUAGUGCUGAUCCUUCUGUACCUCCUUUGUGACAGUAGUGAGUCAGAGAGAUUGUGGGAUGGCUGGUGGGGAUCCUCAACAAUGCUUUGGGCGCUUUGUAUUGUUUUGCAGGAAUUUGAGGAGAUGAGAAAGGGCAAAUAACUAUUUUGAUAUUGUGAGAAAAUGUAUAUGGAAUAGAUUUCUCAGUCUUAAAUAAAGUUAUGAAAUUGUACAGCACAGAAAUGAGCCCCACGGCCUAUCACAUCCUCACUGACCUUUUUGCCCAAUCAAACACAAAUUUUAUUUGCCUGCAUUAGGACAGUAUCCUAUUUAAGUGCCUGUCUAAAUGUCUCUUUAAUGUGGUUAUUGUAUCUGAUUCCACCACCUCCUCUGGCAGCAAGUUGCAGAUAUCAACUACUCAAUGUAAUGAAAACUUGACCCUCAAAUUGCUUUUAAAAUCCUUUCUUUCAACUUAAAUCUAUGCUGCCUUCUUUUUCCCCUACCAUGGGGAAGAGAUUCUAUCUAUCCUGCCUAUGCCUCGUCAUUUAAUAAACCUCUAUCAGGUCACCCUCAGUCUCCUUCACCCCAGGGUAAACAAACACAGCAUAUCCAAUCUCUCCCCAUAAGUUGGUCUUUCAAUCCAAUGAACAUUCUAGUGAAUAUCUUCUGCGCUCUAUCCAAUACAACUACAUCCUUCCUAUAGAGUGCAACCAGUACUGUGCAUGUUAUUCUGAGUGCAAUCUAACCAAAGCAAAACAUUAAAUAAAUAAUUGGCUUCCUUUUUGGACACUUGGGGCUACAUUUUAACUUUUGAGCAGAAUGACAGGCAAAAUCAAAGAUAGUUUUGCUUAUUUUUAAGGUGUGUACUAUUAGUUUGCUGACUCUUAACACUCUGAUCAAAGCAGCCAGGGUAUUGAUGGCAGGUGUUAGUUGGCUGUGAAAGUGGACAAUAUGAUGCAGAACACCAUGGGAAUACUGAAACAGAGGCCUUUUACCUCAUUUGAUCAAUACUGGUUCCCAGCAGAAUGAUCCCAUCAAUCCGAUUCUCCUCA